AUGCCGGCGAAACGCCCACGGUCCGACUCUGGCAAUGAUUAUCCAUACAAUGAACUUCGGACAACGUGCGUUCCUCUAGAAUUGCUGAACAUUGAAUUGCUAGAGAAAGCCAGAGCUCCUGGAGUUGAGAGAUGUGCUACUCAUUUCUCAAGUUUAUCUCAAUGGGCGAUGGAUUUAUUAUCUUCUCAUUACUCUUUGGUUGAUCGUGAAAAACAGGCACAACGUCUGCUUGAUGUCAUGCAGGAUGUAGAAUUCUGGGACGAGGAGCUGGACAAAUUGACUCGGAUAUUCCUCUGCAAUGGCUACCCAAUCGAAGUGAUGCAAAGAAACAUACGGGCCGUGAAAAGCCGAUGGCAGAACGGGGACUAUGAAAGAACAGUAAAAACGGAGAAGGAUUCACAAAAUUGGAUAUGCCUACCUUCCUGCGAACUAACUCAGAACCUACAGCCAAUAUUGAGUAGACUGAAUAUUCAGGUGGCAAUGAAAGAGAAAUCAACACUUUUCAUAAGUCUACCGACGCAACACAAAAGAGUAGAUAAAUUGGAUUGUUCAGGAGUUACUGUAUAUCAUGCGGCGUCUGCGAACAGAAAUAUAUUGGCGAUACAGGGAGACAAAUUAGCAGACGAAUCAAGGAACAUCAAAGGCUCUGCAGGGAAAUGGAUACCGAAAGAUCAGAACUAG